AUGCUUGUUGGUGAUGGCCUCGCUGCAAAGAACAAUCACUGUCCUCCCCUAGGCCCAGUCCUUCCUGCGCCGACAAGUCCAAGCACCAUCCAUGCUGUUAAAGCCGCUGUUAAAACUCUAACAAAAGGGCUAGAGGCUCUUACAGAAUCUUUUAACAACACGGCCAUGUCAAUCGGCAUGGUUUCCCUUCAUGAGGACAAGCUGAUCCUCAAUCUGCACCACACACCGGCGAAUUUGGAUCCACGUGGAGUCAAAAAGGUUGAUGCCGACACGGUUUAUCGUAUUGGAAGUGUCUCCAAGGCUUUUACUGUUCUUGCGGCGCUCAAGUUGUCGGGUGUGAGGAUGGACGUCGCAGUGACAAAAUAUCUUCCUCAAUUGAGGAAGCUGGGCAAGCAGCAGGAUGAGAAGAAUAACAUCACCGUCGUCGAUUGGGACCGUAUUUCUCUGCAGGCGUUGGCUUCGCACAUGGGCGGUAUCCCGGCGGACUUGGCUACUGAUCUGGCGAGCUUUCCCAUCGACUGGACCCAGCUUGGUCUUCCAGAGGCGAAAGAUGUUCUCGGUUGCAUCGGAUUCAGUGGUGUUAAGGCCUGUACUGUACCUGCUCCAGACUUUUGGGACAACUUUGGCAAACGGUCCCCAGUGUACUCACCCUGGACGAGUCCAAUCUACUCGAAUGUCGCAUUUCUCAUUCUUGGAUUGGUGAUUGAAGAAGUCUCUGGACAAAAGUUUGAAGAUUUUGUUCAAGAGAAGGUGUUGGACGUAGCUGGCAUGUCGAGUACGACUUACACCAAGCCCAAGGACUCUGUUGGUGCCAUCAGCCCGGACGACGUCUAUUGGAACGCGACCUUGGGUAUCCUAGACCCGGCUGGUGGUUAUUACUCCUCCACCAAAGAUCUUCUCGCAUUCGGCUCCUCCAUCCUCAAGAACAAGCAACUCACCCUCGAAGCCACACACAAAUGGCUCAAGCCUGUUUCUUUUACCACAUCUCGCGGCAUGUAUCUCGGCGCGCCGUGGGAAAUCAUGCGCUCCGACAACGUCACCUCCGACGAGCGACUGGUUGAGUUUUACACCAAAGGCGGCGAUUUGGGAACUUACCACGCACUCGUCGCCAUGAUUCCGGACUAUGACAUUGUUAUUAGUAUUUUGACCGACGGACCUGAGACUUCGGGUGGUGUUGUGCAGUUACUCUUUUCGCAGGUGGUCACGACAAUGCUGCCUGCGAUUGAAGCUGCCGGCAAGACACAAGCAAAGACAUCGUUUGCUGGGAAGUACAUCAACAAGAAGACCAACUCGACACUCGUGCUCGAAGUCGACGAUGAAGGUCCCGGAUUAAAUAUUGCGAAAUGGACGGUUCGUGGUACGGACGUCAAUUCCCACUGGCUCAAUUACCUCUCUGCUAUCUCGACAACCCUCCCCGAGAUUCAGGUCUCUGCGCGCUUGUACCCGACAGACCUGACCGCAGGGAAGAAGGUAGCCUGGCGCGCUGCAUUUGAUCUUGGAUCGCCGGAAGAGAUCGCACAGGUAAAUGCGCAAUUAUUCUGGAAGGAUGCGAGUUGCUUGUCCUGGGGAAUGGGAGAUAGGGCGGUUCAUGAGUUCAAGGCGCUGGAUGAGAUGGUGUUUACAGUGGAGGAUGGGAGAGCUACGGGGCUUGAGUUGGUGGGGUUCCAGACGACACUGAAAAGGGUGGGAUGA